UUCUCUCUCUUUUUCUUUCCUGCCUUUCUCCCCCUCAGCCCUUUUCCCGGAGCAGAUCAGCCUGUGCGUGUCCCUUCCAGAGAGAGCCUCAGGAGCAGAUCCCGAGCUAGUACAUCUUGGGCGCCCCCGAAUUCGGUUCUCUUCUGAGCGGAGACGCGGCGGAGCAAGCUUCGGGUCAGCUGUCAAUCCAUCAGACUGGGAUCACUAAGAGACAUUCUCCUCAGUAUUGAGUGGGACCACACCCAAGUGGAAGAACUUGAUUCUGAUUAAAGAGUGAAGAGAAUCUAAUCCAGCCUUGAAUUGAAAAGAAAGUCAUGGAGUCCAGAGGAGACAAGAAGUUACCUCAGCCCUCCUCAAAUGAUGAGCAGAAUAUGUCCAUGUCUACCAUGGUAAAACAGGAGCAUCCUCUUACUCAGGUUCCUGGAAAUGAGGGGCCUGGAAAGAACACCUCACUGCCAAGUGAGGAUGGUAAAUGUAAUGAGCAGAUUGCCACGGCAGAUGUCACAGACAACACGGAAGUUGAAUUUUUAAUUAAGAUAAGACAAAAGAAUAAAAAGUCAGAAGAUAACUAUAAGGUAUUUGGGAAACUCAAUGACAGUGUGUAUAAAAGUCUGAUAAAGCAUGAGGCUGUUGAGAAUGCACUGAAGGAACGACCAGAAGAGGAAAUGAGAGUGUCUAUAGAUGGAGCGUUUAUAGAUGGAACUGGGGAAACUAGAGCUUCUAAUAUAUAUGUGAACUUAGGGAUGCCCCUGAAAUGUCUGCCAAAGAAUUCUCAUCUCCAUAUUACGUUUUUCACAAAUAAUGAGAAUCAGGAUGAUUUACAAAAAUACAACAAAAGUAUUGACCAAGAAUGCUUCACGUUUUAUAUUUCUGUGAUGGGGAUAGAGAAGAAAAGAAUAGUUCAACCCAAUUAUAAUGCCAAAAAAGAUGGCAAUCUUUUGGUCUUUGGCACUGGAGGAGACACUGUAUAUGAUGUCCUGUGCAACGAUGGCAGAUUUCUUUCCUGGGUGACAGAUAACGAUUGGCUGCUAGUCAAAGACGAAGUCAACUAUACGAAAACUUGCCGCGUGGAAAAAGUAGCAAACCAAAAAUUCAAGGUGUGUGUUCAUAAAAAUAAAAACCCAACAGCACAUCAUAAGGAACUUGAGGAGACGAAGAAGAAAGAGAAUGCAACAAAAAAGUGCAAACAAAAACCCCAUUCAAAGGAACAGCCAGAUAACCUUAAUACCACCCAGGAAGGUACACAGUCUCCCAGUGCUGAUGACAAGUUUCUGAAGCCAGAGUUGCCAAAGACAGACAGGAAAUUAACUCCUGCAAGAUCUAAGCCAGAGCAAGGCCAGUUCUAUAUUUUAAAAGAGUACAUCAUAAAAACAUAUACCUUUUUCACAAGGGAAAAUAACUUGAUUAGUCAUUUCUUUCAGACAGAGGAAAAAAGGGCUAAAGAAAAAGGCACUGAGUUAUUUAAUCUACAUCAAGAAAAAUUUGGCAAAGUAACUGAGGAUGCCAUGACAUCCAAAAUCUUUAAGACAUUUGCUACUUUACUUGACUCCGUUGGGUAUAUAUAUGUGAACUACAAUGGAAAAAGUGUCUCUGGUACUUGCUUUGUCUUUUGGGACAGGUACAUUCUUACUUGUCGACAUGUACUAGACUUGAUAAUUACACAAGUGGAAGAACAAAACUGGGCUCAGGCAAUUAGUGAAAAUUCAUUUGUGACUUUCACUGAUGAAAACCCUUUCGAGUCCCUAAAAAGAUAUGCCAUUGAGGCCUGGUUUGAAGUCUCAAGUAUUCCUCUUGACUACGCAGUCUUACAACUGAAGGGAAAUGAAAUUCCUAAAGGAUUAUUUAAGCAGAAGCAGAACACUGAAACACCCCGUGAUGGCACAGUUUUUAUUAUUGGACACCCACAAGGAUGGCUGAAGAAAAUUGACAUCUGUAUGGUGAUCCCUCUGGCAGAAAGGGAAAAUACAUACCAGACAGUUCUCCAGGAUAGGCAGAAGUCAGAAUGUAAUCCUACAAACUGUCCUGAAAAUGAAACACGAUGUGUCCACAUGUUCAGCCCCAAGAGUUUCAGAGAAGACAAAGUGAUGGAUUUUGAAGAUUGCUUGACCUACCACACCAGCUUCUUCUCUGGGUCCUCCGGCUCCCCAGUACUGGAUGCAUCUGGUCGUCUGGUUGCCUUACACGCUGCUGGCUUCCCAUAUACAUAUCAUCAACAGCAACAGAGCAUCAUUGAGUAUGGCUAUUCCAUCAAUUCCAUUCAUGAAGAUAUGGUGCACAAUCAUGGAAGUUGGUAUAAUUUAUUAUUUCCAUACCCCCAGGAUGUAGAAAUGGAGAGCUGUGAUGAUUCAGCACAAGGUUUUUGCCUUCAAAGAAGAUGCCUCUGAUGCUUUCUGCAAUCUGAGGGAGAAGACGGUGGUUUCUCAAGACUUAAACCAGGGUCUGUGCCCUGGUACUGAUUGGAGCUCUUUCAUACAUUCCCAUUCUCAUGGACACAUAAUUUCUCAUGGAACAUUGAUAACUGACAUUUACAUAGCACCUUAAGGGUUGCAAAGCCCCUUCUAGAAAUUAUCUCCCCUGAGCCUCACAACUCUGUAAUGUGGGUAUCUAAAAAACUAAGACUGGAAGAAAUGGUAUAUGGUUAUAGGCUGAUUGGGGUCAGAGACUAGGGUUCAAAUGCAAGUUUUCUUGAUUUCAAGUCAAUUACCCCUCCACACCUCAUGCUGCUUCUCCAUUUCUGAAACAGCAAGUGAUGAAAAUGCCAAACAAUCCUCCUUUGCGUUCCUCUGGCACCUGGUGACGUCAAAAACUGAAGAAGACUGACAACCCAUUGGAUGGACUUGCUCUGGGGCUCUAAAGAAUAAUAGAGACCAGAUGUGGGAGGGAUGAGCAGGUGGGACUGGCUCAUGGUCUAGAUCAUUGGAGGGAAGUACACCUCUUAUCAAUUUCAUAGAUUCCCCUGGAGACCUAAAUGACUGAAUUAUAUCUGGGAUACUACUGUACCUUGUGGGCUUUCUCCUGUUCUUAAUUUUUACCCAAUUCAAUUAUUUUUCCUGUUAUAAGUAUCUUCAAUAAUAUCUUUUUUUUUAUUUUCCUACUUCUAGCCUGAAAAUAGUGUUUGUUAAAAGAUUAUGAAACAAUAAAAACAAUACAAUAUAAUAGCCAUUUGUUGAGUGCUUU